AUGACGGACUUCACAAGAGCGGGCGGCUGGUUCGUGGUCGCGCUGGAGCAGAUCCGCGGCCACGCCCUGCUCAACCUCCGCUCGGGCGAGCGUGUCCGGCUCCCGGACCGCGUCCGCCUUCGAGAUCAUUUCUCCAUGCAGGACGUCGACGACAUACACUUCAAAGACUACACCAGGAAGUGCCCCGUCUUCAUCCGCGCCGCCACCAUGUCCGCCGCGCCGCCUGCCGGCCCUGGCGCUGGCGCCUGCGUCGUCGCCGCCUUGACCACCGGCCAGACCAAUAUCGCGUUCUGGCGCCCGGGGAUGGACUGCUGGUCGACGACCAAGACGGAGCUUCGGGGUGACGCCCAAGACCUGACGUUCCACGAUGGGUGGUUCUACGCCGUCACGCCCAGGGACGAGCUAUUCCGGUACAAGGUGAGCAACCGUAGAGGCGGCGCGAUCAAGGUGCGAGCCCAGGAGAUAACCUUCCCCGAGUCGUGGCAGGCCCCGUUGGCGUCCGGGGAGAUCGUCUCCCGCUACCUCCUGCCGUCCGCCUCCGGCGAGGAUCUGCUAAUGGUGAAGAGGUAUGUCCACCCGGCCAAAGGUACGUGGCGGUUCCAGGUCUUCACGCUGCUACAGAAAGGGAGCGGGCUGGCUUGCCGGCGCUUUUACCGGAUGUGGGGGCAGGUGCUCUUCGUCGGGCGAGGAUGCUCCAAGGCCUUCGACACCGGAAACCGUCAAACCGGCUUCGUCUACUUCCUCGACGACGUCUACCGUGGCCCCAUGAGUGUUCUCCAGCAGGACCAGUACCGCUGCACUGACACUGGCUCCUUCUGUUGCUUUCCCAAAUCUUCCGACGACGAUAUCAACCGCUGCCUGCCGCAAGAGCCAGCCUCGGACUCCUCCCCGUGGAUCUGGUAUCUCCAGUGA